AGGAAAUAGUGGGUGGGUGGAUGGGUUGAUAUUUUUGCGGGUGAAGCUGGCUGGGCUACAAUUGAGGAAGCGAUUCUUCUUGCUUUCCUCAACACUUGGAUUCUCCUUGGUGUUUUCAACCUAACUUUUUUUGCCCUUUUUUUAUUUUCCAAUUUUUUUCCUUUUUUCUUUGCACGGACACCAACACGUUGGACCGAUUGACCCACUGCAACGUAUCGAGUACGGUGUAUGUGUGAGCGACAUACACUCUUGGCAUGUCUCUCAAAACUGAACGACGCAUGAAGAAGAGCCUCAUUCCCGGAUCAUCGGUGGGCAAACCAUCCACCUCUUCAUCGACUACAAGUACUGCCGAUACCCAACCUGAUACGCUAAAACCGACCAACGAUGUUACCCACGGCACUCCCUCCUCUGUCAUCCAGGACCCCAAUAUCGGUAUCGAUAUGCCCAUUCUACCAUCCUCGUCCACAUUUACCCUCACCGCCAGAGAUGACAGGCCCGAAAAGUUUAAAAAGAAGGCCAAAAACUUUCUAGACGAACGCCAAAAGAUUAAAACAAGGGCACAGAGUUUAUGGAGUUAUAUUGAUGCCACCAACACUUUCGAUCAGGCGCGUUUUUUCCAAGAGAAUGCUGAACAAGUAUUCCAUGUGGUUUACGAAACAUGCAUUCAUCAAAUUGACAAGAUCAAGUCGAAAAGCGAGCGACCACAAUCUUGGUCUUCAAAAGAACUGGUCGGUUUGCAAAAAACUUUGCUGCUGCUCCGGAAAAUCUUUCUCUAUGUGCCUGAAUUAAUGCGCAAUGGCUGGCAACGUCAAAAUAUUGCUCGUAUUUUAUCGCAUCUUCUCGAUCACGGCAAUCAUCCACGGUUGCGUGCGCUAGGAUUUCAUUUGUUAUUGUUGUGGCUCAAUGAUCAGGUCGUGGAGUAUCCGGAAUGCAUGGAACUGUUCGCCAACGCCAUUCCGCUCGAUUUAUUUGUACUUGACGAAAUCCAUCCUUUACCCACCAACGUUUCCACCACCGUCACCCACGAUGUCGCCGCCCCGCAGGAAGAAAAGGAACCCACCCCCGGAAAAUUGCACAGCGGUGGGCUCCAAUUCGUCAAAAAACUCAGUGAACGGCAUGCGGAACGCGCUUUUGGUCACGGUCUAGCCCGCGAUGAACGCAUCAAAAGCUCGCCUCUAAAACUGCAUCAAUCUUUUAUUCACACUGGCGACGAACAAGCGCCUUUAUUCCCUAAUCCUUCGCCUCCCACCUUUCACGAUUCCAUUGUCAUGUUGCAUAUUUUCAUCUCGAAUCUCGUCCGACUCGCUUACGUCGCUGCUGGAUCUCCACCACCCCCCGAUGAUUACGAGUAUCCACCAGGAGAUCACAUCGAACGCGACGACGGCAUCGCUACGGGCGUCGGCAUUGAUGCCGCCACCGCCAGUGCCAAAUUUCUCUUUCGCGUCUUUCGCACCUACUACUUGACGAAAUUCGUUCCAGAGAUUGCCAAACAACUUAACGUCGAAGGCGUUCCCACCGAUCCAGACGCCAAACAAAAGUUCGGAUUUCCUUCGUGUCCUCCGAGCAUUCUCCGUGCAUUGCUCCGCUUUCUCAUUGGAUACUGUCUUGAUAACAAUCACAGUCAGCAACUGCAUUGGCCGCGACCGUCGUUUGCUGUCAUGUCUUCGCCGGCCACGCCAAUCCUCAAAUCGAUUGUUCUGUCAUCCCACGAGACACGCGAAAUGUUGCAUGAAAUUUUACGACAGUCACUGGUGCUGCCAUGCACCAAUGUCAACUACCGAGACAUCACGCGAGGCGCUAUUCACAUUCUCGGUGUUUGGAUCCUUGGCAACGAAGACGAACGACCGUCUUUCCUCCGACGCACAGGCAGCGGCACGAACGGUCCGGGGCAAAUCAGCAUGACGCGAUCCAGCAGUUUAGCAUCGGUUUCCACGUCCAAGGCAUCCGUCUCAGACAACAGGCCCGAAAAUUCAACCACCUUUUCCACCUCUCCCACCAGUUCCGUCGCUUCCCCUACAAGAACAACGGAAAAAACGGAUCAUGACUACUCGGGAGCCAAUGUGUUUUUGCGACGUUACUUUUUGAUGAUCAAAUUGAUUUUUGAGCAACAUUGGAAAUCCAUGGCGAUAACUGAAGAUCGAGAAUCGCUCGUAGCCGGAGUGCAGCAGAUAUCCGAUUGGGAAGGACUCGUGAUGUUGUACAAAGAUGCCAUCAAUGUCUACCGAGCCAUCACCGUCACUCAAGGUGGCAUCGACAUGGAAUGGGAAAGCUGGGAACUGUUGCUGCGCUGUUUGCUUGAUAUCCAGCAAGGAUUCAUGAAUCUGCCUGAAAAGUAUAGCCGGAUUGCUGUGCAGUCAUUGGCAGAUGAAUUUGCAGAGUAUCUUUGUGAGACAUUGUUACAUGCGUUUGCACGGGCCCGCAUUGUUCACAUGGAUUUAUGGAUUGUUCUAAAAAACCAUUUGCUUGAGGCCAUUUCAUGGCCUCAAGUACUUUCACAAUGGACAAUUAUCAUGCAUAAACUGACGCGAUUAUUGUCGGAGCGAUUAUACAAGGUGGAUUACGAUGCCGAAGCGGGGUUAGAUAGGUACAAUCUCGGCAUCCAAUCCAUGCAUGGCGGAACCAAUCGAGGAUCGGUCUAUUUCGGUACGCCCGCUUCCACCAAUACGCGCGGUCGCAGCAGAGUACGGUCGCGACACCUCAGCAUCCAGGGCGAUCAUCGUGGGCAAACCAAACUAGGAACUGCACGACCUUUGUCAGCCGGAGGAAGCGAUGGCCAACUCAUUGAUAUCCCGUCGCACGAAAGAUUGGACCAUGGCGAUUAUGCCACCGAUACGUCGCAGGAACGAUCACCGGCUACUGAGAUUAGCACCUUUAGUUUGCCACGCAACAAGAGUAGUGCUUCGCUCAAUGACAAGGCCAGCUCGGUCAAGACGGGGGAUCGUCGGUCGGCCAAUUUAACGUCGUUGGAUGUGCCUCACAUUGAAGAGAGUUUCGUAGAAGAUGAACGGGAUGGAUCGGGCAUCGGUGGCGGUAGUACCAGUGCGGGCCGCACGGGAAACAACAUCAAAUUUGGUAUCAAGAACAUUAUUCCCACUUCGUCAUUUUCUACCAGCAAUGCGCCUUCGCACGCCAGCCACGGUACGACGGGCGCCGGUACCACCGGGUCGGGACUUUCAAAACGAGGCAGUGGUCGUCGCACCAUGAGUAUUCAUCAGCUCGACAAUUUGUGGCAGGAUUCAGGGAGUAAACUGCUCAAUUUUGUGCAUCAUUCGGCAGGAGGCACCAAUGAUAAGAUCUUGGAAGGUGGACCGCAGCCCUCGACCUCCAAAGCCCUCAACGCCGCCGCGGCAAAAGAGGACGACGAUCGCAAAAAUGGAAAAAUAACCGACUGGGAUCGUCGCAGUACCAGUAGUUCCAUGGAUCGCCAGCUCGUCGAAGAUAACCUCGCCAUGUCCAGUAGAUCCAAUUUGAAUGAACGCCUGCCUCCUGGAUUAGGCAUCUUUCGAAGCAUCGAGUUUCUUUAUCUAUCCAAUAUCUCUUAUGAUGGGCAAGCCGUGCUCGCUAUUUGGAAAAACAUGCUGUGCGUCGUGGGCAAUAUCAACAAAAUCGAGGGACCACAAAACUAUGCUACUGCCAUGAAUUGUGUGGUCGAUAUCUGGGACAUUUUGCUUUGGAUUCAUGCUCAGCAACCUUACCGCGAUGUGUCUAUACCAGCACUAUAUGAGGUGUCGCCAUGGUUGUUUGAGGCAACCGAAAUGCCAGCAACCUAUGAUGCUGGACGGGCCGCUGCGUUUGGCUGCCUGUGCCGUCUAAUGUCGCGUCGACCAGAGGUGGAUGUGUCUGCAGAUUACUAUACCCAUUUCUACAAAGCUAUUUUAAAGGGUCUUGCUUCCGAUGAUCAUGUCAUUAUCCAAGCCAUUAUCCGCAAUUCGGAGCGUCUCUUCACGUUCUGCCUACCUGGAGUCUACAUUCUUAUUCCACCUCUAUUUCAUGCCAUUGAGAAGCAGUUAUUGGAUGGACCUAAUGCAAAGGAGAUUCCGAAUCAAGUGCGUAAAAGCUGUAUUAUCAUCUUGGCCUCCCUAGCCUCCAUCUCGAAUCAUUUGCCGGAUGUACAAAUACCGAUUGAUGAAGACAUCAAGCAUUGGAUGCAACUAAAAGAAACGGAAUUUCGAUUCAAAGAUAUUAAAGUGUGGUUGAAAGAUUUAUUGAUGCGAUUGGUCAAUGCGGAUAUCCUUGGCACCCAAGCCGAGGAAGAUACCGGAGCCCAUGCCAUGCUUCUCAAAGCUCUCGCUUCCGUAGCCCUGGACGAGUUGCUGUCUUGCCCAGAACCGCAGCGCGAUAUCAUUGACGACUGUCUGUUGGCUUUACUAAAUCAUCUGUAUUGGUGCAAUCUCACUACGGUGAAUACGGUGGUGGAAUGCUUGACAAUGUUUGCGCAAAUCUAUCGAGACGAUAUCGAUCCUGACAGAAUGAUCGUGCAAGAGGUGUUGGCCAGGAUUAUCGAUGCCCUCAAUGUCCAUUUGAAGGAUUACGAGCGGCGGUCCAAAGCCGAUCGAGGGUUGAUUAUCUCAAAAUUGUUCAGUUGCUUGCUUGAGUGGCUCAUGGUAAUCGAACCUGCUAUUCUGUCAGAUACCGAGUUGUGCCAGUUGGUAUUUGAUGUCAUAGAAUACGCAUUCCAUAUUUCCUUGGGCGACUCUGAAAAGAUGUUACCUCAUCCUCCCCCCGCACGCACCAGCUCGGGCAAAAGAAAAGAAUUGGCUUUCAAGUUCAAAGCCAAUGACAAAAGACCCGUCGUUCAUGUUCCUCCCGCAGGCGCCAAUACGUCUGCCACAGUCGAAAUGGUGGAAAUGGAUCAAAGCUUCGUCAAGGAAUCAGCGGAAGCUGUGCUGUUCCAUCUUUUGCAUCACUUUAACAACUUUCCUUCGCCUUACGGCCCGGCCACGCUGCACAGUACGAUUGUAGGCCCAGGCCUUGCCAACGAUGACAAGCACGACGGCGAAUACGAGCAGUAUCAGUACUUCGCAUUGAACGAUACCACUAUUGUUGCAUUUGUUGAACUUCCUGCCAGUGACACGAGUGGUCCACAGGCACGAAUGAUUCUUCGUGAUUUGACGGGAAAAUAUGUUUGGGAUGCUCAAUUACAGCCUCACGGACUGCAUCCAGAAAACUCACCGCUUUCGCCGGAAGCGGGCGUCAAUGUAUCUGAAGAUACAAUUGACAAUGAGCAAAUGUUUGUGGUCCGCUCGGAUAUACCCAUCGACAAUGAUGAUGAACCUGGAAAUGCCCACAGUUCUCCCGUCCAUGAACCGUGUGCCACCGAAAAUGAUCCAUUAAAUGAUUUGCUGAAACAGAUUGGUGAUCAACAUUCCGAUUGUUUACUGGAUUCCACGGCGCCACUGAACGGCCCUGCCAAGCUUUCGCAAUUGCAGAUGGAUAUGGUAGGCCGUCUGGGUGAGCAAUUGGAUGAUUAUUUGCGGGAUGAAGCGGCAAGUAAUGCACAGCAAGAAUCCGGAGUUCGAUUAUGGUAUUCCAAACUCAAUAUCCUGCGUCGAAAGGAAGCGCGAGAACGAGCGGAAAGGACCCCCGAGUCGAUGCAUACCCAUCUCAUGGCCAACUUUUCGCUACAAAAGGAAUUUUUGCCAGUCUUCCCUCACGGCACCGAAAAGUCGCAUGUACCGUUCCAGCAGUGCCGUCUGUUAAUGAGCCACUUUGGCUUCAUCAACUAUGAACACUUGAAGGACGGUUCAUUCCAGAUUCUGAAGAAAUCUGCCAGCUUGUAUCGCGAUCUCCGAGGGCUCGAUCGCAAGCAUGGACGAGAAACGAUGAAGAUUGGAUUGAUCUAUGUCGGUUUGGGUCAGGAAGAUGAGACCAGCAUUUUGCAAAACGAUCAAGGCAGUGAAAUAUACAACGAUUUUGUCAAAAGUCUGGGUUGGGAGAUCGAUAUUGCUACCCAUACAGGCUACCUCGGUGGAUUGGAACGCAAUCUUACGAAUGGUGCGUGUGCCAAUUAUUACUGCACUUCGACGCUUGAAAUGAUUUUCCACGACGUGACAAAGAUGCCGACCGAUCUCCAUGAUCCUAAACAGUUGAAAAAGAAACGACACAUUGGCAACGAUCAUGUUCAUAUUGUGUGGAAUGAACAUGUACGAGACUAUCGUGUCGGCACCAUUGGUGGUGACUUUGGUAACGCUCAGAUCAUUGUCACGCCCCUCCCCAACAAGUUAUUUUCUGUUCAAGUCUAUCGAGACCCCAAGAUACCCAAUUUCGGCCCUCUUAUGAAUCAUACCAUUGUAUCUCAAGCCACGCUUGGUCCUCUUGUGCGCGCGACAGCCAUCAAUGCAUUCCGCGCCUCCGUUCAUACUAAUUUAUAUUCAUUUUAUAAGAGUGUUUUCGCUCAUCGAGCGAAUGAUGUGCGUACGAUUACCCAACGGCAUAAAGUAUCUUCAUGGAACUAUGAUCAAUUCAUGGAAAAGAUAUUCAUGCCCGACGAAUAGAAGCCAACGUCAUUGAAGAAAGAAAAAAAAAAGAUUCCCACAACAUACAUGCUUCCGUUCAAAUCAAAGCAUC